AUAGUCAUAAGUUUUCGAAUAUAAUUAAAUUAUUUUAGGCCUAGGACUGCAUCAGAAUGGGUAUGUGCUUUGUUCUGGGCUGUAAACAUUACAGUUCAAAGCAUCCAUGUAAGUUUUUUCGGUUCCCAAAAAACAAGACCGAGAAGAAUAGAUGGACUUCUCUCAUAAGAAAAGAUAGGGAUCCAAGUGAAUUUGCAAAAGUGUGUGAUUGUCACUUUGUAAAUAAAGAUAAGAAGAAUGGGCCAACUUUAUUUGACUUUAAUCUUCACAAGAAGUUUAAUGUACAAUCACCAGAAAAGAGGAAAAGGACCGUAAAAAAGGUUGAUAAUUGUGGGGAUAACCUUUUGACCGAGGCACUACCUGGUCCUUCAACUGAGCUACUGAUGCCAGGACCUUUAUGUGAGCCACUGCGGGGAACCUCAACCGAGCUACCGCCAGGCUCUUCAAAACAAGGUUGUAAAGAGUCUCAAAUAAAACUUGAUGCAUCACUCCUGAGUCCAUCAUCUGCAUCUCAAGAUGCUGAAAAUUACUUUUUAAGGCAAGAGGUGGCUGAAUUAACCGAGAAGUUGGCAAAUAUAUCAACACGGUUCAGCUAUGAAAUUGUCAAAAAAAAUAAUGCUCAUUUGCUUAUGUAUUCCAACCAAUGA